CUACGCAUAUUCACAGGCUUAAUCCAAAAGUAAAUUUAAUUAAUUCUGCCGCAGCCAAUAAUACAAAACGUUUAGCUGGCUCGAGUUUCCCAAUAGGGCAUUAGCUAGCGGACGUUGGGCAACCCCCGUUUUGAAUUCGGACCUUCGAAUAUCAGCGAUCAGCAAUCAGCUACCUGUGGCGGCAGGAACCAUGUGUCCGGUCCGAGGUGACAGUCGCGCGCAGCCUUCCACGCGUAACGGUCGCGUCGCGGUAUGGCGGCGUAAAACGCCCCGAAAGCACCGGUCUCCGUCCGCUACAAGCGCGUGGCAAUGAAAAUGUCGAAAUUACCCGCGAUAUUUACGACGCCUAGCCGUUACAUAUCAAAACAUACAGUGUCGAAACUCUAAACAUAUCCAAAUCACUAGUUUGAGUGAUUGAUCAUCAAAAUACGGUUGUGUGGACCAGAGUAUGGUGACGACGUAGUGUAGUGCUGAAUUUGGUGAAGUGAGUGAGAUGUUUCUAAGUGAAAACGCCUAAGAUGUUAUUGAGUGGAGAUAGCGUGUGAUGUAAUGAUGCGUCGAGGUAAAGCGCUGCUCGAAGGCAGCAGGCAGGGCUCCGUCGACGGCGGGGGUGUCAGUGACAAAGAGCUGGUUCAUAAGUGCCACAGCGAUCCAGGCGGGGGCAGAGCCCUAGGGGCAGCGCCUAGGGCAGUCAGGCAUCGAUCCGCGUCGGGCGCGGCGAGGAAAUGCGUCCUGACUCUCGAUGGAUACUCGUAUGUCAUUGUGGCGAGUCCGCCGGGCGGCGCGGGCGCACCGCGGGAGGAGGUGCCGCGCCCCCCUCCGCCCCCCGCACCGCGCAACGGCACCCCUAAACAAGGUGGCCUCACGAUAGUGCGGCGCUCCUCAAGCCGCCAUAAGAGCGAAAGCUGCCCCACGCCCACUGACGAACAGCUAGACCAAUUGAGUGUCGACACUGACCACUUGCCCGCCGUCGACACGCCUGACGCAUGCGACAAGGCCGCACUUAGAUUACGCUAUCUCCUUAGACAAUUAAAUAGAGGCGAAAUAUCAGCUGAAACACUACAAAAAAACCUACAGUAUGCGGCCAGAGUGCUCGAAGCAGUGUACAUAGAUGAAACCAAGCGAUUGGCGGACGAAGAUGACGAGUUGUCUGAAGUGCAGCCUGAUGCGGUUCCUCCGGAGGUGCGUGAGUGGCUCGCGUCGACGUUCACGCGGCAGCUGGCGACGGCCAAGCGGAAGUCGGACGAGAAGCCCAAGUUCCGGUCGGUGGCGCACGCGAUCCGCGCCGGGAUAUUCGUGGACAGGAUAUACAGGCGGGUGACGAGCACCGCGCUCAUGCAGUUCCCGCAGGACGUGGUCAGAGUGCUAAAGACGCUGGACGAGUGGUCAUUCGACGUGUUCGCGCUGUUCGAGGCGGCCGCGGGCGCGCCGCUCAAGUACCUGGGCUACGAGCUGCUCAACCGAUACGGGAUGAUACACAAGUUUAAGGUCCCUCCAACGAUCCUAGAAAGCUUCCUCAGCAGGAUAGAAGAGGGCUAUUGCAAGUUCGACAACCCCUACCACAACAACCUACAUGCGGCAGACGUCGCGCAAACCGUGCACUACAUGCUUUGUCAGACAGGACUUAUGAACUGGCUAUCAGACCUGGAGAUCUUCGCCACGCUGGUCGCGGCGGUGAUCCACGACUUCGAGCACACCGGCACCACGAACAACUUCCACGUGAUGUCUGGCUCCGAUACGGCGCUGCUGUACAACGACCGUGCCGUGCUUGAAAACCACCACAUCAGUGCUGCUUUCAGGCUAAUAAAAGACGAGGAAUGCAACAUUCUGCAGAACCUGUCCCGCGACGAGUUCCGCGAGUUCCGCACCCUCGUCAUCGACAUGGUGCUGGCAACCGACAUGAGCUUCCACUUCCAGCAGCUGAAGAACAUGCGCUCAUUACUGACGCUGGCUGAGCCUACGGUGGACAAGUCCAAGGCGGCGUCGCUGGUGUUGCAUUGCUGUGAUAUUUCGCAUCCUGCCAAGAGAUGGGACCUCCACCACCGAUGGACGAUGAGCCUCCUCGACGAGUUCUUCCUCCAAGGCGACAAGGAACGCGAGCUAGGGCUGCCCUUCAGCCCCCUUUGUGACCGGAACAACACAUUGGUCGCGGAAUCCCAGAUCGGGUUCAUAGAGUUUAUUGUAGAGCCAAGCAUGGGGGUUUGUGCUGAUAUGUUGGAAUGCAUCCUUGGGCCUCUGCACUCUAGCAGCAAGACUGGCGCUAGUCAAGAACCGAUUAGUGAGGACGCUCCGGGGAAAAUUGUUAACGAGACCAGCACAAAGUUCAAGAUCCGAAAGCCGUGGGUCGCCUGUCUCAGUGACAACAAGAAAAUCUGGAAGGAGCAAGCUGCUAAAGAUGCAGAGGCCCGAGCCAAGGCCGAAGAGGAAGCCAACAACCCCCCAGCUCCUGCGCCUACAGAAGAAUAAUAUUUAGCCACAUUUGUAAAUAGCGUUAAAUCUAACUGUUACAACAUGUUCUCUUCGCUCUUGAAGAAAACUUAAAUUUCCGUUGUUUGUGUGUAAAAAUGCUUGCAGUUAUUAAACGUCGCUGCGUUCGAAAUUUAAAUAAAUAUCCUGGCAACAUUU